GUGUCGGACCGAGGCUGCCCAAAGACCGAGGAUGGAAAAUGUUCUGUAGGCGCUGUGUGAGAACUCUGUCCAGAUUGCUGUGAAUCUCUGAGUGAAGAUGGCCUUUUUUCAGAACAACUUCUGGGGGGAGAAAAAUGCUGGCUUUGACGUGCUCUAUCACAACAUGAAGCAUGGCCAGCUGGCAACCAAGGAGCUCGCCGAGUUUGUCCGGGAGAGGGCUGCCAUUGAAGAGACUUACUCCAAAUCAAUGAACAAACUGGCUAAAAUGGCCAGCAACGGAAGUCCACAGGGGACUUUUGCUCCCAUGUGGGAUGUGUUCAGGGUGUCUUCAGACAAACUGGCCCUCUGCCACCUCGAGCUGAUGAAGAAGAUGAACGAUCUCAUCCGCGACAUUAACAAGUACGGCGACGAGCAGGUCAAAAUUCACCGUAAGACGAAAGAGGAGAUGGUGGGCACGGUGGAGGCGGUGCAGGCGCUGCAGGUCCAGAGCGGUCACCUUCAGAAGUCCAAGGAAGGUUACCACGCCAAGUGUGUGGAGCUGGACCGGCUCAGGAAGGAGGGAGCACCGCAGAAAGAGCUGGAGAAGGCGGAGCUGAAGUCUAAGAAAGCGGCGGAGUCAUUCGCGCUGUGUAUCGAGAAGUACAACCGAGUGGGAGGAGAGUUCGAGCAGAAGAUGAGCGAGUCUGCCCAGAAGUUUCAGGAAAUCGAGGAGGCUCAUCUUCGGCAGAUGAAACAGCUGAUCAAAGGUUACUCCCACUCCAUAGAAGACACCCACGUGCAGGUGGGACAGGUCCACGAGGAAUUCAAGCAGAACGUGGAGAACAUCGGCAUCGAUAACCUCAUUCAGAAAUUUGCCGAACAGAAGGGCACGGGCAAAGACCGGCCAGCUCUGGUCGGGUUUGAAGAGUACAUGACAGCUUUGGCACCUGAAGGAGGGAAAAAGAGUCGGGCCAAAGCCUUCAGGAUCCCCGGCCUCGGCAAGAGGGACAAGGAGCCAGACUCUACGGAUUCAGCUGUGACGGAGGCUCUGAAUUCACCCCUGGAAGUCGACGACGAGGGAUUUGUCAUCCGAGCUGACAGCACCCAGAAUGGCUGCUCUGAGGAGAAGGAGAACAACUUCUACUCCAGUGAUUCAGAUUUCGAUGACGAGGAGCCGAAGAAGUUCCACAUCCAGAUCAGGCCGGUGGCCAGCAGCAAUCGCAGCAGCUCUGUGGCCACAGAGAAGGAGCUGAAGGCCACGGUGGGGACGCUCACCCUGCCGCCCAACAGAGGGACGCGGCAGCAGGUGUCAGCGAAGCGGCAUCUCUCCAGAAACUCGAGUACUGCAGGAGGCCGCCUAGAUGAAGGUGAAGCUGCCUCCCACAGAGAUGCAGAGCAGGAGGGCCUCCGCAGGUCCACCUCCAGCCCCGAUCACAGCAGGUUGAGCUCGACGGCGUCCGGCUCUGACAGCCUGUUCGGACCGCCGCUGGAAUCGGCCUUCAAGUCCAAAAGCUUCGACUGUCGGGAGCAGCUGAGGGAGCAGAGCGCGUUUGGUGCUUCUGAAUAUGCUGCCUUCUCGUCCGACUCGUCCUCUCCAGAGAACGUUGAAGACUCUGGCCUGGACUCACCUUCCCAUCAGCCCCUUGGUCCCUCUCCUGAGCCGGUGGGCUGGGCUGCGUGGCCUCCGAUGCCACAGAGUAAAGAACAGACACAAACACUGGGGCGACCGGUGGACCCUUUCCUCUCAGCUUUCCGUGACCCCUCACCUGGACGCAGCCCUCACCAGCAGGACGACCCCGCCAGCGUCUGGUCUGUCGCCUCUUCGCGGCCCUCACGUGUCCCCCCAGAGAUGGACCCCGCGUCGAUGCGGUUCCCUGCUUUCUCUCAGUCCCUGCCCCCGCCCGAGAUGGAGUCAUCGGUGUGGAACUGCAAACACAUCCCACCUGAGGACCCCUUCCUCGCCGCCUUUGAGAGGACUGUCACCCAGGAGGCAAUCAACCUGUCCGACGCCUGGGCGCGCCCGCCGCCUCGCCCCGCCCAGGAGGGCAGGGCCAUGGAGGUGCGAGGGGACCCGUUCUCCGUCGCCCUCGCCGACACCAAGACACUCCCAACGCCUUCCUCUUCCUCUUCGUCAUCCUCCUCCAAUCGUAAAGAAAGAGACAGGAAACGAGACCGCAGCCUCCCACCUCCUGUUUCUUCCGACGACCCGUUUGCGAUCACGAUGAUUGGCAGCCCGACGCACCAGUCGUCGCUGGCUGCAGCAGCUGGAAUAAUCCCUCCACACAGCAGCAGCGGCGGCGGCGGUGGCGGUUCUGCCAGCAGCAGUAGACUGGGACUCGACGCUAACACGGGCUCUUUACCUUUAACUCAGCCAAAGAAGGAGCUGAUUCACUGGAACUCUGUCCACAACCCGUUCAGCGAAGGCUCCAAGUCGCAGGAGGGAGGCGGGAAAGGAGAAGGAGGAGAAAGGAGGAAACACCGAUCAUCGGAAAGCGAGCCGCGCAGGAACGCUCCUCCCCUCACGAGGCAUUCAGGACCCCAGGAGGAUCUGUGCUUCUCUACAGACAAAGAUCAGGACUGUCUGGAUCUGAACACUCAGAUGUCCUGCAGCAUCAGCUCUCACAAGGGUUCCAAACACAACUUCAGACAAGAAACGUCUGAAGUGGUCGCAGCUGCUCCUCAGAGAGCCGCCCGGGCCAAGAGGUCUUCAGGCCGACUGAGCGGCUGUGAGAGAUCCCGGUCCCUGUGCUCCUCCCCACUGCCGGAGCCCAGCCCUUCCCUCACCUCCUCCUCCUCCUCCAGCCCCAGUGAGUGGGGGCCCCAGGCCAGCGAGUGGGGCGGCCAGAACCGAGCAGCCAGCCCUGCCAGGCCGGGACAAGUGUCACCGCUGCCCUACCAGCACCAGGACCACCAGCAGAGACAGUUGCAUCUGUCCAGAGGUCCCAGUCCCAUCUCCCUGAGCACACAGGAGGCCUGGCCGGUCGCAGCCGCUAUCACAGAAUACAUCAAUGCCUACUUCAAAGGUGGACAGCACAACCGGUGUCUAGUGAAGAUCACAGGCGACCUGACGAUGUCCUUCCCAGCAGGCAUCACGAGGAUUUUCACGGCCAACCCCAACGUCCCCGUGCUCAGCUUCAGGCUGGUCAACAUCUCACGGAUCGAUCACUUCCUGCCCAAUCAGAAGCUGCUCUACAGCGAUCCGUCUCAGAGCGACCCGGACACCAGAGACUUCUGGUUCAACAUGCAGGCGCUGCAGCUCUACCUGCAGAGAGAAGCUGAGCUCAACCCGCAGGCUUCGUACUACAACGUCGGCCUGCUCAAGUAUCAGACCAUAGAUAUGGACCAGAACGCUGAGGAACGACGGCUGCUGUGGAAACUUCCCAACCUUUCCCCGACCAACCACAGCAAAGGCUCAGGGACUCUGUGUGCCAGCUGGCAGUGCCUGGAGGUCCCCCGCGGCCCUCCGCCCAGCCUGGCUGUUCAGUUUGUGGGCUCCGGGGCCUCGCUGUCGGGUAUGGACGUGGAGCUGGUGGGCAGCCGCUACCGCAUGUCGCUGGUCAAGAAGAGAUUCGCCACAGGGAAGUACAUGGCGGGCUGCUCCCUGUGAAUCACAUGGAGGACCGUCAGAUCCCCAAACGGACCGUCGCUGAGGGUUCAGAGAACUUAGCACUUUGACAGCGUCUGAGCUGAGAGAGGUGAUUGUUGGUAAGACUUCAGCUCAGCCUCCGAGGACGAUGUGCACUUACUUCUGACGGUGUCCUGCUGCUUUAGGACCAAGCCUUUUCUUCUUCUUUUCCUCUAACUUAAGUUGUGUGUUGUACAUUCAGUCGUCCUGCCUUUUCCAGGAGGAAAGUUCUCUUUUUUUUUUUCUAUUGAAUCUUCUCUGUUCACAUCCUGUUCUGUGUGCCUUUGUAUCGAGACACUGCAAACUAAGCUAGAUGUCAGAACCGUUCUUGAAUUACAGAAGAAAGAAAAAGUGUGUGAAUAAAGUGAAGCGUGUUACUGUCUGGAGCCGAGCUGCCAUGAAAACUAGGAUUUUUAAAUUAUGUAAAUACUGUAUCUCUGGAGCAUCCUGAAGGAUCGAACCAAUCUGACCUUCUACCAAACCUUAAAGAAAAGAACCAUUUGUAAAUCUGACGUUUGUUCCAAAUAAAGGUUUUGUGAUGUUGAUAUUUGAUAAAAAUAAAUGUGCUCAAACCGU